AUGGCCGGGGGCCUGCUGCUCCUCCUGCUCUGCGCCGCGCUGCCCGCCGAGCUCCGCGCCCAGGGAGGCGGUAAGGCGGCACCUUUCCCAUGUUAUCGGCAGGCGGGAAUCUCCCUUCCCAACAGCCUUCGGGGGGAGGCGGGGGGCUGCCGGGUGGACGCCGAUGGCACUCCGGGAGAGUGCCCGGAGCCGCGGUGCGGGGUGGGGCAGCAGCCGCCGUCCCACGGCUCGUCUUCCCCGGCAGUAUUCAUCAAGAAAGAAAAUGCCAACAAGUUCUUUGAAAGAACAAAACGUGCUAACUCUUUCUUUGAGGAAAUGAAGCAAGGGAAUAUUGAAAGAGAAUGCAAUGAGGAGCGCUGCUCAAAAGAAGAAGCAAGAGAAGCUUUUGAAGACCAGGAGAAAACUGAGGAAUUCUGGAACAUCUAUGUAGAUGGGAACCAAUGCAGUUCAAAUCCUUGUCACUAUGGUGGCCACUGUAAAGAUGGAAUUGGUUCCUACACUUGCACGUGCUUGGAUGGUUAUCAAGGCAAGAACUGUGAAUUUGUCAUACCAAAAUUCUGCAGAAUAAACAACGGGGACUGUGAGCAGUUCUGCAGUGUCCGAAGAGAUGGACGGAAGGAUGUGUUGUGUUCCUGUGCAGAUGGGUAUGUUCUAGCAGAGGAUGGCAAGCACUGUGUUGCAACAGUAAAAUACCCUUGUGGAAAAGUUUUUGUGGGAAGGAAAAAAAGGUCUGUUCUUUCACCUGCUGACUACAACAAUGGAACGACUGAUCAAGAAGACCCUCCUGCAAACGAAACAAGCACAGAGGAGUACUUUGCAAUUACCACAGAAAGCCCAACCCCUCCACCUGACAACAGAACAAGCGGCAAGACUCCAUAUGUCGAUACCAGGAUAGUUGGUGGGGAUGAGUGUCCUCCUGGCCAAUGCCCAUGGCAGGCUGUUCUGUUAAACGAGGAAGGAGAAGAGUUUUGUGGUGGAACAAUUCUGAAUGAAAAUUUUGUACUUACUGCAGCUCAUUGUAUGAACCAGUCCAAAGAAAUCAAAGUUGUUGUUGGUGAAGUGGACAGAGAGAAGAAAGAGCCAUCUGAAUCAAUGCAUACUGUGGACAAAAUACUUGUUCAUUCCAAAUUUAUUACUGAGACUUACGAUAAUGACAUUGCCUUGUUAAAGCUGAAGGAACCUAUCAGGUUUUCAGAGUACGUCAUCGCAGCAUGUCUCCCGAAAGCAGACUUUGCUAAUGAAGUUCUGAUGAACCAAAAAUCUGGGAGGGUUAGUGGCUUUGGACGUGAAUUUGAAGGCGGAAGAAGAUCCAAAAAACUGAAGGUGCUCGAAGUCCCCUAUGUUAAUAGGAACACUUGCAAGCAAUCCACUAACUUAGCCAUAACAGAGAACAUGUUCUGUGCUGGUUACGACACAGAGCAAAAGGAUGCUUGCCAAGGAGACAGUGGUGGCCCCCACGUGACCAGAUAUAAGGACACUUAUUUUGUUACUGGAAUUGUUAGCUGGGGUGAAGGAUGUGCAAGGAAAGGCAAAUAUGGUGUCUAUACCAAACUGUCCCGCUUCUUGCGUUGGGUCAGAACAGUCAUGAGUUUGUAG